GCGGCGGAAUUGAGAGAACUAAGAGAUGGCCAAUCACUAUUAUCAUCAAAGCAAUGUCAUUGCGGUAUCAACACCGUCAACAUCUUUGAACUCACUCUCUCCAUUGUUGCUCAGAGGAAAUCAUAGUUUCUUCAGAAACAAGAAGAUUGCUCUGGAGAGAUCUCUUGUGUUUGAAAGAAAAUCGACAGGAAGCUUGAGAAAAAACAGAGGAGGAGAAUACGCGGUGGUUGUUGCUUCAAGCGGCAACGUCGCGGCUUCUGAUCUCUGGGAUUCAUGGAAACCUCAGAAAAAUUAUUCGGCUCCUUCACUCAGCGGCAUCCUUUGGCCUUCUGCAGGAGCGUACGCUGCAAUGGCGAUAUUGGGAAAGAUGGAUCAAAUUUUAGCACCAAAAGGGAUUUCAAUGACGAUUGCUCCUUUAGGGGCGGUUUGUGCGGUACUGUUUGCUUCACUCUGCACCUUUUGCUUAAAUCUUCUAAAUGCCAGUCACUUUAGAUUGAAGCCUUUGAAAGCGAGAAAUUAUUAUAUAAACCUUUUUUAUUCCGUCGUUUAUGAUUCUAACCACCGCUAA